GCUGCCAGCGGGGUCUGGGCAUCACCCACCCGGCAUCGCCCGAGCCUCGGUGGGGUUCGGACGCUCCAAAUACCCCCCCCCGGAGCGGCGGCAGCGCGACCCCCAAGCCCUUCCCCUGUCCUGCUGGGGGGACCCAGAGCCGGGCGCUGCCGGUGGCCACCCGCGAUCCCCCGGUCGCCGUGGGAGCCGCGCGGCGGGACGGGACCAGCUCGGCCGGGGGAUUCCCCGACACGGGAACGGGACCCCGGCACUCCCCGCACCCCCCGCACCCCCCCGGCACCUCCCUCACCGCCGGGCUGGGCGCUUUGGGGUGCUGCAGGAUCGGGCGCUGUGGGGGCCUCCCGCUGCCCCCCACCCUGCUCGCCCCACGGAGGGGCCGGAUCCGGAUCGGGGAGCGACGCGGAGCCCCGGCGUGCAGGUCUGGUCCUGCCCCGGCAGGCAGCGAUCCCGGCCCGGCGCCCGCCGCGGGGCCCUGGGGGCGGCGGGGCCGUCGCCCGUCCCGGGGCUGCGUGGGCACGUGUGGGGGACACGGCGUCACCCACGCUAUGUCACUACCCUGUGUCACCAGCCAGCAUCGCCUAUGGCGUGUCCCCCACCCGCCUGGGUGGCACCAGACCCCGCAUCCCCUCCCUGGGGACCCUCGCGCUGGGUCUGGGCUUGGCCCCCGCCUCACUCCCGUGCCCCUCGCUGGGGUCCCCGAGGGGGCUCGGCGGUGGCCCCGCCUCGGCAGCGAUGCUGGGCUGGGGGACAGCUCGGUGCCACCCUCCUGUCCCUGGGGAUGGCUCAGGGCUCUGCUCCGCAGGUCCUGGCGGCUGCUGCUGCUGGCCUGGCUCAGCCUGGUGGGCACGGCACAGGACCCAGCCCUGGGGACACCAGCGAGGGUCCCCGAGCCCCCGGCCCCUGCUCGGCCCCAGGGGACCUGGGGGUCCUGGGGACCCUGGAGCUCCUGCUCCAGCUCGUGCGGGGACGGCGUCGCCCUGCGCAGCCGGAGGUGCCUGAGGACCAGCGAGGAGCAGCCGUGCACGGGGGACCCGCGGCAGUACCGGCUCUGCCAGCUCCAGGGCUGCCCCAGCGGCUCCGUGCCCUUUCGGGCCAUGCAGUGCUCCCUUUACGACAACCGGCCCGUCCUGGGCACCUCCGCCCGCUACCGCUGGGUGCCCUUCCACGGAGCCCCCAACCUCUGCGACCUCAACUGCCUGGCCGAGGGGCACAAUUUCUACUACAGCUUCGGCCGGGUGCUGGACGGCACCCGCUGCAGCCCCGGCUCCCCGGACCUGUGCGUCGGCGGGCGCUGCCUGAGCGUGGGCUGUGACGGGAUCCUGGGCUCGGGCUCGCGCCCCGACGCCUGCGGCCUCUGCGGCAGCGGCCACGGCUCGUGCGUCCUGGUGCACCGGCUCUUCCAGGGCUCGGACCCCUCCUCCGGAUAUUUGGGAUAUGUGAAUGUGACCAAGAUCCCGGCCGGGGCCACCCACAUCAAGGUGACGGACAAGAGCCGCAACUACCUGGCGCUGAUGGCGAGUGACGGGCGCUACGUCCUCAACGGCGACUGGGCCAUCGCCUGGCCGGGGCCCUACGAGGCUGCCGGCACCCUCCUGACCUACAGCCGGGCCCCCGACGGCACCGAGAGCCUGGAGGCGCCCGGACCCACCCACGAGGACCUGCACGUGAUGGCGCUGCUGCAGGAGCCCAACCCCGGCAUCGAGUACCAGUUCUGGCUGCCCCGCGGGCACCCCCAGCUCGGCCGCGGUGACACGAGCCCCCUGCGGCAGCCGCAGCCCCGGGGGGCCGGCAGCCCCCCGCCCCCGGAGCCCCCGCACACCCCGGCCCCCCCGCAGCCCCCCCGGCCCGGGGGCUUCGCCACGGAGCCACCGCCGAGGAUCCCCCCCGGGCAGAGCCAGGACGGGGCUGCCGCAGCCAUGGCGGGUCUGGGGGCCACCCCACGCACGAAAAAACCCCCCAGGGAGGACCAGGGGCUCUCGACCCCGAGGGCUGCGGCUCGUGGUCGCGCCGAGAGCCGGCAGAGAGAGGGGGAGCACGUCCCGCGGGGGUGGGCGAGGGUCCCCAGCUCCCCCACCACGCCCGGGAAGGGGCGCCUGGUCCGGCGGGGCCCCGAGGGGAGUCCCGGCCCCGGGGAAAGCGACCCUGCGAGACCCCCAGCACCGCCCUGCCCUGGGGGCUCCUUCUUCUCGGGGCUCCCCGAGGUGGAGCAUCAGGACCCUGCUGUCCCUGCAGCCCCCAGCCUGCCGAGCCCCGGGGCCCUGACCCCUGUGAGGGGCAGGGGCCGGAGGAAGCUGCAGCACACCCUGGUCCUGGAGCUGGAUGGGACCCUGCUCUACUCCUCCCUGCUCUCCCACGGGCAGAAGGAUGCCACGGCCACCUUCACCACGGACUUCCAGGCGAGUUCCUACAAGGUCCACGUGAAGCUGCGUCCACACGUGCAGGAGUUCUUGGAGAGCCUUUCCAAGACCUACGAGCUCAUGCAGAGACCUUCACCCUCUCUCUGCCAGAUCUUCAUCUACACCACGGCCAAGAAGGACUAUGCCAAGAAGCUCCUGGAGGUGCUGGACCCCAAGAAGAAGCUGAUCAGGCGCUGCUUCUCCCAGUCGGAUUGUGUCUGCUCCCAGGGCUGCUACUGGAAGGACCUGACCCACCUGGGCAGGGACCUGGCCAGGACGGUGGCCCUGGACCACACCAUGCAGGGCUUCCCUGCCCAGGCUGCCAACUGGAUCCAGGUGCCACCGUGGGCUGGGGACCCUGAGGAUGAGGAGCUGCUGCGCCUCAUCCCGGUGCUGGGCCAGCUGGGCCAGGCGGAGGAUGUUCGCCCUGAGAUCCAGCGGCGAUUCCAGCCCUGCCAUCUGCCCGCUGAGGAUUAG